AUGGAAAGAAAUUAUUUUUUGAGCGAAAUGAUAAUUUUAUAGGAUUUAAAAAAAUAAAUGAUUAUUUUAUUAAAUAAUUUUUUGAGUAAAAUAUUGAGCCAAUUUUAUUACUCAUACAAGCUUGUAUUGGAAUUCCUCUUUAUAACUAUAUUAAAUUGGGAACUCAGCAUCUAAACUCCUGCAUGCCAAAUUAAUUUUAUGAUAUUUAUCCUUUAUUUUUUAAAUUUUCAUAUUAUACACACAAUUUUAUAUUGGAAUUUUCCAUUAAUCUACCUAUAACGGUAUAUGAAAACUUACAGCAUUAUGGAGAAAUUAAAGUCGGAGGCCAAACAAUAAAAGUUAUGUUUGACACAGGAUCAAACCACCUCUGGGUUGCCUCAAAAUAUUGCACAUCAAGAGGAUGUAAAAAGCAUAAAACAUAUGAUCCUGAUAAAUCUGACACAAUAAAAGAGCUAAAUAUGAGCUUCGAGGUUGAGUAUGGAAGCGGGAUAAUCCAAGGAGAUUUGAUAAAAGAAAAUAUUGAAAUCGGAGACCUGAUGAUAGAAAAUCUUAAUAUUGGCCUUGUAAACUCAGAAAUAGGGAACAUUUUUGAAUUUUUGCCGUUUGCUGGAAUUGUAGGGCUGGGUAUUCCUCAGGAUUCGGAAUGACCGAAUAUUUUGAAAACAAUUAAAGAUAAAGGGAUUCUUUCGGAAAAUAUUUUGUCGAUUUCUCUUGGAAAAGAUGAUGGGGAUAAUGGAGAACUUCUAAUUGGGUCAAUAAAUAAUAAAAAAUUCCUAGGAAAUAUCACUUAUUACCCAGUGACGAGUAAAGAGUACUGGCAAAUUUCUUUGCAGGAUAUAAAAAUCAAUGGCAUGCCAAUAGGGGUUUGCCAAAGUUUAAUUACACAAAGGGGGAAUUGUCCAGCUGUGCUGGACACUGGGACUUCUGUUAUUGCAGCUCCUUCUGAGUUAAUAGAAGAUUUAUCAAUUUUAUUACAUAUAAAGCAUGACUGCUCUAAUAUAGAUUUACUGCCAAAAAUUUCGUUUCAGAUUGGUAAUGAGCUAUACACAUUUGAAAAAUAUGAUUAUGUCACUUUUAGCCAUCAUAGAUGCUCACUAGCAUUAAUGCCAUUGGAUGUCCCAGCUCCUAAAGGUCCUUUGAUAGUUCUUGGAGACACCUUUUUACGAAAAGUUUACACAGUUUUUGACUUCAAAAAAUUGCGAAUUGGCCUAGCAUUAGCAAAUUAA